AUGGCGAAUUUUUCACAGAAAUGGGAACGUGAAAAUAUCAGUGACGAAGAGUUGUACUUGGACUUGAUGUUCUCUGUUGUCAGUUGUACGGCGCUGUUCUUCACGUUGUUGGUUGGUAUCACUGCUAAUCUCUUUGUUAUCUGGGCAGUACAGCAUCAGAAGUGUCUACAGACAUCCAACAACACUCUCCUCGUCAGCCUGGCUGCCAUCGAUCUCCUCAGGUCUGUUGUCGACUGCCCUUUGCUUUUGGCAAUCAUACUGCACUUACCAGGUCGCAAUGACCUAGGUGCCCUGCUUUGCUACACACAAAUUGUGUCUUUCUCUUUUUGCUCUUGUGUCCAGCUGAUAACACUGGCCUGCAUCAGUGCUGAGCGAUACCAUGCUAUUGCACACCCCUUCGAGAAUGGUCGUCGUCGCAGACGGGUGAUCAUUUUGAUCACAAUGACAUGGAUAGUGUCCAUAUUUAUAUCAUUUUUUUCCAUAACAAUGGCUGAAGGUACACCAGUGUACACUCAGUGUAGAGGUGUGUCAAGUGAGCUCCUGCCAGCUUACAACAGCUUUGGACUCUAUAUUUUAGUUCCACUUUGGUUGGGGUGUCUAGUUGUUAUUAGUGGGUUUUACGGGAGAAUAUUUAUCAUUGUGAGAAAUCACAGCAGGAAAGUACUGGAUGACUGUGGACUUACUGCAAGUAACAGAAAUAACUGCAGAAGCAGUGAAAAGGAAGAGCGGGAAGAAGAGGACAGAAAGAGGAGAAAGAGUAAUAUAAGUGGAGAAGAUGUGAGAACAACCAGAGCCGAACCUGGUAAAGGUAGGCAGGCUGAGGAAAGUGUCACACAGAGUAGCCAACAGAAAGUCAUGGAGUCACACAAAGCUCACAUAUUUUCUAGUGUUCUCACAAGUCCUGAGCACAAAACACAGGACUCAUGUGCCUCUGGUACGACAAAACCCAGCGAGAAGGACAAGCAAGCCCAACUGCUCAGAGCUGCUGGAGAAACGAUGAGCAAUUCCAGUUCCAAACAACUCGAGGACUUAUGCGCACCACCUGAUGGAGUAGUUUGUGCACUUGUAGAAGAUGCAAAGGCAAAACAUGAAGGGAAAGUGCAUGGAGGGAAAGCUGGAAAGGAGCAUUUCUUAUUCUUUGCCGAUGGAGACAAAAAUAAACACAAAGAGAGCCAACUGGCCAAGCGCUCAGGAUACAUUAUUUUCAUGUUUUUAAUGUUCUGGACACCACUCAUUCUGUCGGCGUUCGCCAACUUUCUAACUGGAAGUAACAAGACCUCAGCACUGCAUGUGGUUCUACAGCUGGAUAUUCUGUCCAUUUCACUCGCUUGUAUGACCUCUGCCUCGAACCCUGUCGUUUACGCAGCAGUGAAUCCACACUUUCGCACAGAAUUUCGGAACAUGAAGGCUAAAUGGAAGGCAGCGUUAUGCUACAAUUCCCGAAGGACAAGUUGUCAGUAA